CCUGCCCGGAAGCAGCAGGCGCGGUAUCAUGUGACAACGAAUAUGGCCACCUCCCGGUAGCCGCUUCCGCCGCCGGCCCUUCACGCGGCCGCGAUGAACCCGGAGAAGGACUUCUCGCCGCUGACGCCCAGCAUCGUGCGCGCCCUGAACGACAAGCUGUAUGAGAAGCGAAAGGUGGCGGCGCUGGAGAUCGAGAAGCUGGUGCGCGAGUUCGUGGCGCAGAACAGCGCGGCGCAGAUCAAGCACGUGAUCCAGACGCUCUCGGUGGAGUUCGCGCUCUCGCAGCACCCGCACAGCCGCAAAGGGGGCCUGAUCGGCCUGGCCGCCUGCUCCAUCGCCUUGGGCAAGGAUUCUGGUCUGUACCUGAAGGAGCUCAUCGAGCCGGUCCUGACGUGCUUUGGAGAUGUUGACAGCCGGUUGCGCUAUUAUGCCUGUGAGGCCCUGUACAACAUUGUGAAGGUGGCCCGGGGCGCCAUUGUCCCCCACUUCAACGUGCUCUUUGAUGGCCUGAGCAAGCUUGCUGCAGAUCCUGACCCGAAUGUCAAAAGCGGUUCUGAGCUUCUGGAUCGCCUUCUGAAGGACAUUGUGACCGAGAGCAGCCGCUUUGACCUGGUGAGCUUCAUCCCGCUGCUGCGGGAGCGGAUUUACUCUAACAACCAGCAUGCCCGGCAGUUCAUCAUCUCCUGGAUUUUGGUGCUGGAAUCUGUUCCUGACAUUAAUCUUCUGGAUUACCUGCCAGAGAUUCUAGAUGGACUCUUCCAGAUCCUGGGAGAUAACAGCAAAGAGAUCCGUAAAAUAUGUGAAGUGGCAUUGGGAGAAUUUCUCAAAGAGAUCAAGAGGACCCCUGCCAAUGUCAAAUUUGCUGAGAUGGCCAACAUCCUGGUCAUUCACUGCCAAGCUUCUGAUGAUCUCAUCCAGCUGACCGCCAUGUGUUGGAUGCGGGAAUUCAUCCAGCUGGCCGGCCGGGUGAUGCUUCCCUAUUCUUCUGGGAUCUUGACCGCCGUCCUGCCCUGCCUGUCCUACGACGACCGCAAGAAGAAUAUUAAGGAGUCGGCCGCCGUGUGCAAUCAAAGCUUGAUGAAGUUAGUGACCCCAGAAGAUGACGAAGUUGACGAGGGCAGGGAGCUCCUGCCAUCCCCCCAAAGAGAGGUUGGCCAAGAAGAGGCUGGCCCCAAGGCAGAGCAGCCCCCAAGUGGUGGCUGCCUGGAUGUCUCCAGUGAAUCGGAUUUCAAUAGCGCCAGCAUCUUUGUACCAGCUAGCACGGAGAGAAGUUGUGUGACCCUGAACCUUGAUGGAAUUGUGCAGGUCCUGGAUUGCCACCUUCAUGAUUCAACCACUGGAAUGAUGACGCGGAUUGCAGUCUUGAAGUGGCUGUACCACCUGUACAUCAAGACACCACGUAAGAUGUUCCGGCACACGGAUAGCUUAUUCCCCAUCUUAUUGAAGACCUUAUCUGACGACUCUGACGAGGUUAUUCUCAAGGACCUUGAAGUCUUGGCAGAGAUUGCCUCCUCCCCAGCUGGCCAGACGGAAGGCCGAGGGCCGCAGGAGGGCCCUGGGCUCCGGUUGGAACAACUGGACCUGACUGUACCCACUUCAGCCAAAAGUAGCCAGGCUGUCUCGUCCUCUGGAGCCAAGAGCAUGGGGUGCUCUCCCUCUGCCCCCACCAUGAAUUCCUACUUCUACCAGUUCAUGAUCAACUUGCUCAAGAGAUUCAGUAGUGAGAGGAAGCUGCUGGAGACCCGGGGAGCUUUCAUCAUCAGGCAGCUCUGCCUGCUCUUGAACGCAGAGAACAUCUUCCACUCCAUGGCAGACAUCCUCCUGCGGGAGGAGGACCUCCGCUUCGCUUCCACCAUGGUCCACACCCUCAACACCAUCCUCCUGACGUCUUCCGAGCUCUUCCAGCUGAGGAACCAACUCAAGGAUCUGAAGACUGCGGAAAGCCGCAACCUCUUCUGCUGUCUCUACCGCUCCUGGUGUCACAAUCCAGUCACCACUGUCUCCUUGUGCUUCCUCACUCAGAAUUACAAGCACGCCUACGACCUCAUCCAGAAAUUUGGAGACCUUGAGGUCACGGUCGAUUUCCUGAUUGAGGUGGACAAGCUGGUCCAGUUGAUCGAGUGCCCGAUCUUUACCUAUCUCCGUCUGCAGCUGCUGGAUGUGAAAAGCAAUCCGUACCUCCUCAAGGCUCUCUACGGGCUGCUGAUGCUCCUGCCCCAGAGCAACGCUUUCCAGCUCCUCUCCCACCGGCUGCAGUGCGUCCCGAACCCAGAACUCAUGCAAACAGCGGACUCGGCCAAGGCCGGCCAGAGCGCCAGGAAGACGGCCGCCGGCCCCGCCAUCGACUACGCGGAGCUGCUGCAACACUUCGAGAGGGUCCAGGGAAAGCAUCUCCAGGGCCGGCAUCAGCGGGCCACGCGGGCGGGGGAGCCGCCGGAGCGCCGGGGGGCGGCCGCCUUCUGACGGUCCACGCGAGGACGGGUCUCCCUCCGCUCCGCACGGACUGGCCGGGCCGGAGCCGCGUAGCCCGCCUGCCUUUUCUUCGGCCGACCGCAUCGGAGUACCGAACUCGGGGGAGGGGGCGCCGCUGUUGCUGGGCCCGCUGCGGCCUGGCCGUGCGCGCUGGUCCGCGUGUGUGUCGUCCCCCCACUGCGACGGCCGGCUUGCUGGCCCGCGGGGAAAUCCUGCUACCGUCGUUUGAAAUAAAGGACCGUGGAAACGCUA